AUGCAGCGCGCGCUGCACCCAGCUUCGGUGUACGUACACCCCAGUGACCGCCGCGGUUCUUUGCUGUUUGCUGCUGCUGCUCGCAUGCGCCUUUCGCUGCAGCAGGGAAAUUUGGCAGAGACCAAAUUGCUGCUGAGGUUCUUCUUCGGACUCGCCAGCAGCCACGUCCUCAAGCUCGCGCCGGUGAUCGCCGUGGUGAAGCAUUUGCUGCAGAUGGCCAACGAUCUUCCCCAAACCACUGCGGAGCACGUGGCCCACACAGCAAUGAGUUCCUUGCCUUGGCUAAGUGUGAAGAUGUACGAGGCCCACCACGCAGCUUUAGUCGAAGUUUUGGAUUGUCCAAACACGAGUCCCGACGAAGAGACUUCGUUGCUGCUGGCGGCCUCGCAGCCUUUUGUGGGGCCCCUGGCGUGGGGGGGCCCCCUGGGGGGGGGCCCCCCGGCCCCUGUUGGACUUGUGGAGUUUUCUUUGCUGCGGCAAAUGCUGAAGUUCUCAUUUAGAGGAGAAGAGGAAAAGAAAGAAAGUGCAGUUGGGGUGUACAGACUGCUGGUGUCUCUUGUGGGGCGCCACAAAAGCAAAGGGCCUCUUGUGCCUCCGCAGAAGUUUCAAGUUGAAGAAAAUUCGGAAGAAAGUGAGACACUAAAAAGAAACUUGUGGCGUUUGGCCCUUGGUCUUGGCUAA